CAGAACUCCUUGAAAUAUCUACACUCUAUGUAAUUGUGAAGAUUAAUUGAGAAGGCACACGAUUUCUUAUCUCUAAAGAUAGAAUGGAUAACGGCCAGUAUGUUAAACCAACAGUUGCUAUUAUCAUAACAGGGAUGUGUUUUAUGAUAUAUUAUGGAGUAUUCAAUAAUAUAAUUGAAUUGAAAUGGGACACAACAUUGAUUACAUUGAAGUGGGACACAACAUUGAAGUUGGAUACAGAAACCUUCCAUGCGUGCACUGGCCUAAAUUGUACCAACUUUUUUAAAUCCUAUUUUUGGAAGAAAACCUAUAACUCAUUGGUUUUUCUGGGUGAUUCAUCUAUGUAUCGGUUGUUUAUGACUAUUAUGAGAAAAAAAAGAUCUUGCAACGUUCUAAAACAGGCUAAUCGAUGUAACCUUAUCUCUUAUUUGGGUCAACAAAGACGUUCUAAAUGGACUAAACCAUCUAGUACAGAAGGACCUUAUUCGUAUGGAUUGACACACCCAUUUUGUACAGAUUGUUCUGGAUGUAGCAGUGCACUUUAUAAUUGUGAAGACAUCAAAAUUGAAUAUAUCUCAGUUGAAUAUGCACGAGAUGUCGAAAUUCAGUCAACAACAAGUAAUAGUACUCAAGGAGCCGUUUCUCUGUACUUAAAUUCAAAUUUUACAAAUGUAUGUGUGGUUAAUUCUGGUCUUCAUGAUAUGAUUUUACCAGCCCUCACAGACCGACAUUAUGUUAAGAAUGUACACUUCUAUGUACAACAUUUGGUUCAAACUUGUCAGAAUGUAAUUUGGAUUUCCACGACAGCAGUAAGAGGUGACAAAGGCUUCCCUCAAAACAAUCGAAGGAUUCAUCGGUGGAAUAGAUUAAUUAAAGAUAUGGUACGUAACAAGUUUCCAAACGUAGGUUUUAUGGAUAUGUUUCCUAUUACUAAUUCCACUAAAGCGCACACGGAUAAUGUUCACUUAACUGAAUCUGUGUAUAAGUUGAUAGCAAGAUAUUUUACCUAAUUUGUGUACAUGUAGCAUUAAAAUAUAGUUUUUUUACUGUU